UGGACAGAACCACCAUCAUGCCAGGCCUGAUCAACAAGAGCAAACGGAGCGCUCUGCCUCUCAGCGUCUCUGACAUCACUUCCUGUGUCAGGGGUUACACCCUGGCAAUGACGGCCUCUUUGACCUAUGAAAACAUUGAAGAUCACCCUGUCGAGGGAAUCUUUAUAUAUCCUCUGGACGACUGCAGCGUGGUGGUCGGGUUCGAAGCGAUGAUUGGCAGCCAGAUAAUAACCGUGCAGGUCAAAGACAAAGCGAAAAUCGAUGACUGUUACUUUGAUUGCUGCAAUGCCAAUGGAACCCCACAAAGCGGAGGUGGACAUAUCGUUUUGGACGAGGAUCAGGAGAGGACCGUGCUGGUGGUUAGUCUGGGGGUCAUUCCCCCUCUGGAGACCAUUAAUAUACUGGUCAGCACGUCCUCGGAGCUCAGCACACUCACCAACGGUGGAAUCCGGGUAACCUCGCCGCCCGUCUGCUCUCCAAGAGUCCAACGUUCUGUCAAAGAGGAGCAGGCGUUUUCGCCCAGCACUGCUAGGAGGAGGGAUCAGCAUCAUUGUGCACAGGGAGCACACGAGCAGACGGCCUCAGGUGUGUGUUUGGCUGCUCUGAUGGAGGAAGAGACCAUCAACUCCAUUGACUAUGAGUUCAACUUCCAUCUUGAGAUCAGAGGACCGUAUUUACUGGCAGGUGUGGAAAGCCCCUCGCAUGCCAUCCGUGCGGACGCGGACCCUUCGGCUCGCUCUGCCACCAGUAUUGUGGUCACACUGGCAGACAAGUACACCUACGACUGCCCUGUAGAGAUACUGAUCUACCCCAGUGAGCCCCAUCUGCCACACGUUCUCAUCGAGGACGGAGACAUGACGCCGGAGGAAUACGAUGAGCAUCUGAAAGGACGGAGCGACUACAUAAAGGCCACGAAGAAGGACUGCAGCAAUGAAAAGACAGUGGACAUCAUUCGGAAGAGGCUUCAUAAAGACAUCCUCCACAACCCUGUAGUCAUGCUCAACUUCUGCCCAGAUCUCCGCUCGACGACCUCUGACCUGCGGAACGUCCAGGGGGAAUUCAUCUUCCUCAUUGACCGCAGUGGAAGCAUGAGCGGGGUCAACAUCAAUCGAGUUAAGGACGCAAUGGUCGUGAUUCUGAAAAGUCUUUUUCCAGCAUGCUUAUUCAACAUAGUGGGCUUCGGAUCCAAGUUCAAAACGCUGUUUGCCACCAGUCAGAGCUACGAUGAGGAGAGUUUGGUGUUGGCUUACGAACACGUGAAGAAGAUCCGGGCGGACAUGGGCGGCACAAACAUACUGGCUCCUCUCAACUGGAUCCUACGGCAGCCCAUGCAGAAAGGUCAUCCUCGCCUGCUCUUCCUCCUGACCGACGGAGCCGUCAGUAACACAGGGAAGGUCAUUGAGUUGCUCCGCAGCCACGCCAAGUUCACCAGGUGUUACACGUUCGGCAUAGGUCAGGGUGCGUGCAGGAGGCUGGUUUUAGGACUGUCUGCUGUUUCCAGAGGCACAGCUGAGUUUCUGGCAGAAGGGGAACGACUGCAGCCCAAGAUGAUUAAGUCGCUGAAGAAGUCCAUGACAUCCGUUCUGACUGACAUCUCCAUUGAGUGGCUGUAUCCAGAGACGAAAGAGAUCCUGCUCUCUCCAGUGGGAGCGACCUGUCUGUUCCCCGGUGACCGGCUGAUUGGGUACAGUGUGGUGUGUGAUACCUCCCGAUAUCACUCCAACCCUAAAUCAGACAAACGGAGACGGUACAGCAUGAUGCGUUCCAACGAGUCCACCAGUUCUGUGUUCUAUCACUCUCAAGAGGAGGAUGCUGGGAAGGUUUACUGUGACGCUCAGGGGCCACACAGGGACAAUCAAGUCGGCUCGCUGUUUGACGGUUGCCAAGAGACCAUGUCUGAGAGCAGUCCUAUUGCCACGGAGCAAGACGUUAUGGGAACUGACACGAGCACCUCUCCGAGAAGACGUGCUUAUAGCACCAAUCAGAUCAUAGAUUACAACCCCAUGAAGAAGGCCUACACCCCCAGUGACCCCAGCUCCGUGGUGGGGAAAAACCCUCUUAGACGAGCAAAAGUCCAGGAGCUCAUCGGUCAGACUCAUCCUGACUACGGAGCUCAGUGGAAAAUGGACUACCAGCCACAGUUGGCCAGCCUGUGUGCCACAUCCUCAAGAGGACGUCCCAUCCCUGCUCACAAACCUCCAGUGCAGCAACACGAGGGUCUCCAGGGGGAGUCUAAGGUGGAUCAGACCCACCCGGGCCCCUCUGCACAGGGUCCCGUGGUGGAAGACGGCUCCAGGUCUUCAACGGACAGCCCUUCUCUAGGCAGCACCGGCGAGGCAGAUGGCUACACGCAUCAGCUUUGCGAAGUCGAAACGCCCCAAGAUCCUCACGCACCAGAAUUCAGGGCCAGUCAUGGAAAGGGAGAUUGCAAAGCGGUCGUGUCAGGACUGCUGUGCGGGAAACCCAUGAAAUGGGAGGUGAUCUUUGACAUUCAACCCUACCUAAAAGGUCGAGAGCGGGAGGAAAAAGUUCACGAGGACCUGUGGAACGAAACCUUCCAUCACCUGGCGGGACGUUCCAUUAUUCAAGACUUUGAACAUAUGGUGGACAAAGAGUGUGAGAUUGAGCAUGGUUCUGGGAGAAGGUACCAGCUUUAUGCUAUCCACACGAGUAAAGCCUGCAACAUCUUGAGCAAAUACACAGCGUUUGUACCUAUUGACCUGGACAGCAAUGAAUAUUUACCCACCUGCGUUGAGUAUAGCCACCCUGGGGAGGAUCAUAAACGAAGUUCGCACUGCAGUUCUCGUUCCGGCAGCAGGAAGACCCGUGGCUACUCUGUAGGUCUGGGUCGGUCACAGUCAGGAGGUUUGUCUGAGCAAGAUGACGCAGCACUAUCCCACAAUGUUGACGAUGGAUCCCGAUCCCUCUGCAAAACUCCCUCCGCCUCCAGUUGGGAACGAUGUAGCUCUUCUGAAGCCUCUCAAAGGAGUCCGUCGGUGACCUCCGACCACUCGCAGAGAUCAGUCGAGAGCCUUUUCUCUGCCAGCAAGCUGAGCCUGAGCAGGACGCGUCUGCUGACGAAGGCGGCCCGGGGCUUCAUGAGCCGGUCACACAGCAAAUUCAGCAACUCCGUGGGAGAGAGCGAAAAUGACAACAAGGACUACAUCCCUCUGGUGUCAUUGCAGCUGUCCUGUGGGGCGUUCAUGUUGGACAGUGCCUUGUGUGACGCCAUCAAUGUGCCCAUAGACAAGCUAAAGUGGACGUCACCCUUCACCAGCCACAGAAUCAGCCUUACCCACGUGUCCUACUCCGGGUCCCGGCGCUCUGAGAGCCUGGAGGUCCACCGCGGCUCCUCGCCUCCUCCAAAAGACUCAGACUUGAACUCUGAAUGUGAGGAGCUCGCUUCCCGCACGUCCUCGUCCUCUUUCCAGGCCCGAAGCCCUCGGAUGGAGGGCGAGCCCUCGCUGCUGGCCGGCUUCUCGUCUAUGUCGACCGAAGCCCCACCGUCGCCCAUCAACUCAUUGUGCGACAGCGGGCGAGGGUCUGAGUCUGAAAUGAUAGGGACGCCCCUGUCUGGCUCGCCCGGGAGCCUGCGAAGGGCUGUGCAAGACACCGAGGGGAUGGUGUGGGCCACUGCUGUAGCUCUGGCCUGGCUGGAACACAGUUCAGCCAGUUAUUUCAUCGAGUGGGAGCUGAUCGCGGCCAAAGCAAGCAUGUGGCUAAAUGAACAGAUCAUCCCAGAGGGCCGAGACCUGGCAUCGGUCAAAGCCGCAGCCAAUCAACUCUUCAUCAUCCUCAGACACUGGGAUGAAAACCUGCAGCUCAACAUGCUCUGCUACAACCCCAACAGCAUGUGAGUCCUUAUGGGGUAGGGACUAAACUUCAAACUAUGCCAAACGAGGAUUUUACUCCCCUUGAUUUGUUUAAAUGUUUAUCGUGUGGGUUUUGUUUUAGUUUUAUGAAUAGAAAUCGUAUUUCAUUACCAUCCAUCCAGAGGCCAGAAACAUACUUUGCACAGAUAUGUAGGCGACAAUUAAUGUAACUUGCGUUCUUGCGUUACUGUGGCAGCAACAAACCUGUAGAAGACUGUAUCCACCUAAGAGAAAAGCCCAGUUCACAGCGACAAAGCAACAUGAUCCCAUUCAUUUCAAUGGAGAGCUGGCAGUUUCCGGCGACACCGUUGGCGACAGGA